AUGCCAAAAUCCUCAUCAGUCAGGUCGUCGUCAGUCCGAUCGUUGGCCGACGUUGAGUUGAACACAAUAUACUUUGAUCCAAAUGACAGUCGCUACAGAUGUUGUUGUCAACAGUUUCAUUCCACAGUAAGUUACUCUGAAAAAAGUAUCUUUUAAAAUGAACUUCCUGUAACUUUGCAUUAUCACGGCAAGCAAUUAUCAAUAAAAAAGAAAUAGGUUUAGGGCGCAGCACGAAAAAAAAGUCGCAGGUUGCACAAAUUUAUUAUACACAAAACAAUGUUGUGUCCUCGACUCCUCUGCUCUGUAUAAUUUACGUAAAGCAACAAUUAAUAUUUAACUUGAGUAUUCUCUUUAAAAGCAUAUCAAAAAUUUAAGACAGUACCUUCACAUAGCUUCAUACCUAUACUUACAUCAAUAUACUCAAUAACCCUUUUUCAGAUUGGUGUAAAGAUUAUAGCCGCGUUGUUGUGUGUUACAGUAAUUCUCGAAGUCUGGAGUUUAAUAUUUUAUUUGGCUUCAACUGAGGAUAAGACGAGUAAUGUUAUCAUAUCAUCAGUAUUCCAAGUGUUGGUCGGAUCAGCUAUCACGGCAUCGGUCAUUUAUGCAUUACGAAGUGAAAAUGCCGCUUUUUUAUCGCCGUAUCUUCUACUACAGGUAAUUUUUUGUAUUUUUUAAAGUUUUCUUUUGAAUUUACAGUUUUUAGCUUUGCACUUUGCAGUCUUUAAAAAUCGAAUUUCAAAAUUUGAAAAGUCAAAUUUAUACUUCAAAUUCUAAAAAUACUCGCUACAUUAUACUCUGACAUUUUAUUUUGUGUUAUUUAAGAUGUUUAUCAAUCCGUUACACUUGUUUCUCCCAACUAUAUUAAUCAUGUUUAUGUCAUGUCACGUUGUUCCAAAUAUAACCCUAAUCUCACUUCCAUUUCUUGAAUAACAACUAUGUUUGUCUCCAAACAUACCUAAAUAGCCGUGUUACGUAUAUACGAAACAUUUUAGACAGUGGGAUUAGCAGCGGGCUUCGUUAUCUUCUUCGCUCUGAUAUACAUAACGGCAGCCAACGACUUGAACACGAUUAAGACCUUCAUCGAGUCACAUGGGCCCAAACUGGACAAUGACAGCUAUCUGAGUGAGUUGUGAUGGAUCUUAGGGUUAAUUCUGUAUCAUAUAAAAUAAAAUUUCUCUUUUUAAAACUUCAGUACUGUACAGUAUUGUACUGUUUUAAAUAAAAGAGAUCACAUAAAAGGCCACAAAAAGAUCACUGAAGCAGUAUAGUGCAAUUACUCUGUAAAAAACUAAAAUACAAAUUACUAUAGUACCCAAAGUCCGUAUUUCAGUUUACAUGGGCUGGACUAUGGUGGGUUCUUGUGUGGCGGUGCUCGGAUUACAGCUAUGGCUAAUUAGUAUUGUUUUCGCUUGUUGGAGAUACUACCGGUAAGUUGAGAACCUUCCAAAUGACGCAUAAUAACCUUUACUGCUUUUGAUCAAAACAUUUAAAAUUUUUUGAAGUUUAAUCUUUAACAAAUGGAAAUUUAAAAAAAUUGAACUAAGGCAAUUGUAGGCGUUAACAGGUUAUUUUAGGUGUUUUAAUACCUAAAAUUAGCUGAAAAAUUUAAAAUUGUAGCAAAUACUAUAAUUAAAACUGUAAUAUGAUAUAAAUGGUCAAGUGAAACUACAAUGUCACCUAAAAAUCUAAUUAUAGCGACAAAAAAGAGUACGGAUACUCAAAAGGACACACUUCCUCGUUGGUCGUGCUACAACCUGUCUCACAUACCUCUGGUAAGAAAGUCAAGUCCAACUUUUUUAGAAUUUAAAUUAGAGACCAUAUGGUAUUUCAUACAGAAAUUAACUGUCUAUUCAAUACUAAUUGGACCAUAAAAAAUUUAAAAAUGAAAAAAAAACCAAAAAAUCCCCUUAAAUCAUAAGGAAAUGCCGUUUCUAACAACUUUUUGACCGUAUUAAUUGACGAAAAAGGAAAUUCAGUUAUCUCUGCAUCAUAUCUUCAAUUGUACUACCAAAUAACUCAAGUUACAGUAAUUUCAGAGCACGAAAACCCUGUGGAUUUCAACGGUUAUACAGUGCUGAACAGCGCCGAGUAG